AUGCCUCCACGUAUGAGACGUCGUAUCACGACGGCGAAAAGAGAGGAAAUAGAAGCUGAACAGCGUCUUCUAGAUAAACAGAUUGUUCGUCCUUUCGAAACUGUUGAAGGCCUACCGAUAUCUUAUAACAAACCACCACACGGACAUUAUGAAGACGUUCUUAAGAAUCCUUUGACAAUGAAGGACUCUGCUGUAUUAUACAACUCUUUGAUUCGUUCAAGGAAUACAUAUGUUUUCCAUGCUCCUAUGUUUAAGCUAUAUUGGGUCAAGCAAACAGCUUAUGCAAAGAAACUAGCUGAGAUGGAGAAAGGUCCACAACCAUCAAAAGAAAGGGAAACGAGGCGGCGGUUUGCUAAGGCUACGAGUAAUUCGCUAGAGGCAAAAACAAGGACGCCGAUAUUAAGUGGUGAUGUCAAUGCCAGAGAUGUUAUGUCCAAGUUAUCUGAGGCUACUUUAUCAUUAGGACCUCAUUCAAUGGAGAUUCGUAUUUUCAUCGCCAAAGAUGCACGUUCAGAAAAAUCCAAGGCGUUUUCUGAAAUCUCCCAGGUCUCUGAUGGAUCUGACCUACUCAUGAAAAAAGAACCGCCUGCGCCAGCUCCUGCUCCUGCUCCUGCUCCAGUCCCUAAUGCUGCCCCUAAUGCUGCCCCAGCACCUCUGCAACCAACGCUGCUGGGCUCACCACCCGCAGCUGAUCCAGGUACUACGCCCCCUUCUGCUGUCCCUAAUCCCAACUCUACGCCAGGCGUCACAAAUACUGCGGCUACUCCAAGCUCAACUCCAUCAAAUUCUGAAGCUGCUGAAACGAAGAAAGAAGAUGCUAAGAGCCAAUCGCCACCUAAAGCUGCAGCCUCCCAGAGAAUAACAACAAAGGAAGCACCUGCCGAUACUCAAAAGGACGUUAAAGAAGAGGACGGUUCCCUGAAGGAAGGGGCAAAGGAAGCACCCAAGGCAGACGAGAAAGAAUCCACUACAGACGCAACUUCUUCGAAGCCAAGCCCAGCACCUACUACUGCUCAACUGCCCCCAGGUCCCCCUGCUACAUCAUCAAGUCCAACUCCUGGUCCUUCCGCAGGUGGGACUCAACCCACUGCUGCAUCUCCUGCUCCUGGAGCCCCUCCUGGGGGCCCCCCUGGAUCAUUUCCUCGUCCUCCACCACCUCGUGCGGUGGAUAUGACCACGGUUGAUAAUGCAAUCAUGAUCUCUAACCUUAAUGCAAUUGCGAAAAUUGACCUAUCACUUAAUGACCUUAUGAAGGUGGUCGCCAAGGGAACUGCCUCCGAAGCCCAAAUCAACCUCUUUAAAAGAUAUAUCGAGAGAGCAAAGCAAAUGGGGCCACAGCCUCACCACGCAGAACUCUACUUGGUUAGGGGCCUUCCCCUUCCUCCUAACUUUCCAAGACCUUAUUCAGCAAAGCCGUUUGCUCCCCCUCGCCCACCCAAACCAAAGUUUAACAACCCAAUGAAGCUCACUGCUUUUCAGGAAAAGUAUUUAUACAACGCUACAUUGGUGUUUGAGUUCCUCGAAAACCCUAACGUCAGAUACGUCAUCCCCAGAGAUUCCAUUUGCGAAGUUCAACCACCUGCCAAUCCUGUUACUUUGGAAGACGGGUCCGGUGUUAGAGACAUUUUAGUCAGUAAUAUCUGGAUCCAUAACAUAGAAGAUGUGGAAGCGUAUGAAAAGAAGCUUGCGGAAUAUGAGGAUCAAGUGAGAGAAAAAGAGGAGGAGGAAAGGAAAAAGAAAGAAGAGGAAGAAAAAGCAAAGAAACAAGAGGAGGGAAGUGAAUCAAAGACUGAUGAGUCUGCCUCCGCACCAGUUGAACCGAAGCCAGAACCCGAAGAGCCAGUUCCUCAAAGAUCAUCCAGAAGUGGAAGAAAUAAGAAGCCUCCGCCAACGAGGAAGAAGGCAAAGCCAUUGGAGAAGCCAGACGAACCUCCGGUUCGUUACACCACUUAUUCUUUCACUCUACAUGGUAUUCCUGAAAAGUUCGUUCCGAUUGUUGUGAAUAGUAUGAGGCCCAUGAGACUUGUGCAAGAGAAAAUGGAAAAGAUAUUGAAGAUCGGAAACCGUGUCAGCUCUUUCCAUCUCUGGUAUCAGGUUGAUGCUAAGCUUGAUGAAGAUGUCGCCGAAGAUUUGAGACAAAGUGUGAUCCAAGAGGAAAAGAAGAUGACGGGUGUCACUCCACAAAGCAUUGAGCGUGAACAGCCAAAGAAACGGAAGAGAGAGUUUAAGAACCCAAGACCAAAGAAACCCAAGGACGAGUCACCAUCUGCCGGUGCGCCUGUGCCGCCCUUCAAUAGUGGUGGAACGACACCCACAACUGUGCCUUCAUCUGCUGGUAAUUCAGGUGUACUGAAUACCAUGGCUCCCAGCUUAGGUAGCCAAGCGCCUUUGGCUGGAUAA